AUGGCAAAGAAGCGAGCAAGAGAGGCAGACGGCCAGAGCGGAUCUGCUGCUGCUGGUGCGGGCGGGGAUAAGAUGGACGAGGACGACAGCAUGGAUGAAGAUGAUUUUGAUGUGGUGAACGUCGAAUUUGAAUGGUUCAACUUCGACCCUGAAAUUGACUUCCACGGCGUAAAGGCCCUGGUGCGACAACUCCUCGACGUCGACUCGCAACUGUUCGAUCUAUCCGCCCUUGCAGAUGUAAUCCUCGCACAGCACACCAUUGGAUCGACCGUCAAGGUCGACGGCAAGGAAACUGAUGCAUAUGCCUUCCUGACGGCGCUCAACCUGCACGAGAACCGCGACAAAGCACCCGUGGCUGCACUCACCAAGUACAUUGCUGAGAAGGCAGCGGGCAGCCAGUCCCUCGCCAUUGUUCCCGAAUUGCUAGCAUCCGGCAAGCAUGUCGGCCUCAUCCUAGCAGACCGUCUCAUCAACGUGCCUUCAGAGAUUGCACCACCCAUGUAUUCCAUGCUCAUUGACGAGAUAGAGGCUGCUGUCGAGGACAAGGAACCAUACGAGUUUUCGCACUACCUGAUUCUUUCCAAGACAUAUACCGAGGUCGAGUCAAACCUCGAGGUCGAAGAGCGGAAAAAGAAAAAGGCUAAGGAGGAGGCGCCUUUCUUUUAUUUCCACCCGGAGGAUGAGAUACUCCAGAAACAUGCCCUGGCUUAUGGCGGCUACCCCUACACCAAAUCGGACGAAUCUGUGGCCGACAGUAAGAGAGCUUUCCAGGAGAUGGGGGUCAAGACGCAGGGACACAUGAUUUUGAUUGAGGCGGGCAAAUUCCAAGGGGCUGUCAAGGCCAUCGGUGAUUAUCUCAGUCCACCAUCUUAG